AUGGCGCUCGACAAUUACUAUCGCAAUAAGAUCGAGAGCAUGAAGCUCGAGAUCAUCCAGGGUCAGGCUGUUUUACGGAGAUUGGAAGCACAGCGCAAUGAUUACAAUUCCCGGGUGCGGCUACUCAGAGAAGAGCUGGGCUUGCUCCAGCAACCCGGCUCUUACGUCGGUGAGGUGGUCAAGGUGAUGAGCACCAAGAAAGUUCUAGUCAAAGUACACCCCGAGGGGAAAUAUGUCGUGGAUAUUGCAGAUGGCGUCGAUAUUGCGAAGCUCACCGUCGGCAAACGAGUCGCCCUUCUUUCCGAUUCUUACAAGCUGGAGAAGAUGCUGCCAUCGUCGGUGGACCCGCUCGUCUCGCUGAUGAUGGUCGAAAAGGUGCCCGACAGCACUUACGACAUGAUCGGUGGUCUCGACCAGCAGAUCCAAGAAAUCAAGGAGGUCAUCGAGCUUGGACUGAAGCAUCCCGAGCUGUUUGAGUCUCUCGGUAUUGCACAGCCCAAGGGUGUUCUACUCUACGGCCCGCCUGGAACCGGUAAAACCCUUCUUGCCCGAGCGGUGGCCCAUCACACCGACUGCCGAUUCAUCCGAGUAAGCGGCUCGGAGUUGGUGCAGAAGUACAUCGGUGAAGGCAGUCGAAUGGUUCGCGAGCUGUUCGUAAUGGCUCGAGAGCAUGCCCCCAGCAUUAUCUUCAUGGAUGAGAUCGACAGUAUCGGAUCCAGCCGGAUAGAUUCAGCUGGGGGUGGUGACUCCGAGGUUCAACGCACGAUGCUGGAACUUCUCAACCAGCUGGAUGGGUUUGAGCCUACCAAGAACAUUAAGAUCAUCAUGGCCACGAAUCGUCUGGAUAUUCUGGAUCCGGCGUUGUUGCGCCCUGGUCGCAUCGACCGGAAGAUCGAGUUCCCGCCACCGUCGGUGGAGGCUCGUGCGGAUAUUCUCCGUAUUCACUCGCGAUCGAUGAACCUAACACGCGGUAUCAACCUGACGAAGAUUGCGGAGAAGAUGAACGGGUGUUCUGGAGCCGAGUUGAAGGGUGUGUGCACAGAGGCAGGCAUGUACGCUCUCCGCGAGCGACGGGUGCACGUCACGCAGGAAGACUUCGACCUGGCGACCGCGAAGAUUCUGAACAAGCAUGACGACAAGGAGGUGGCUGUGUCGAAGCUCUUCAAGUAA